AUGCGGUGGUUGAUGAUAUUCACUAUCACCGUAUUGAUUGGAUUUUUGGUGCCGGCUUCCGGACGUUUGGCACCCUACGUCCCGGACUGGCCACACCAGUUGACCACGGCCACGUUGACGGCGUACGUGAACAAAACGUUUGGACCGUUGCAGCGGUGCUUGAAAGUGGCGGCCGACGACACUGACGAGGCGGCCGCUAUAGUGGCCAUGCUCUACCCGCAGCGGGACAACGUCAGUGCUGGUGGACAUCCGUCCGGCGUGACCGUUCCCACCAGAACAAUCGUGUUGGACGCAUAUGCUGACGUUCCAGUGUUCUGUACUGCCUACAUGGUCAUCGGACGUCGGCUGGAGACGAUCGAAAAGUAUUUUGAAUAUUUUAGGAGUGAUGCGGCCGAGAGGAUGUUGGUGGUCGUUGUACAGAGUAGGAAAUAUAUUAAGCCAUUCAUCAAAUAUUCACCUUCAUAUUUCAAUUACAAAGAUGUUAUACUUAUAAAUGUAUAUCCACAAAAAGAAGCAGUGUAUCAAAUGAGCAUAUACUUCAAGAAAUUCGUCCCUAUUUCCAAGCAUCAAGACCAAUGGUUUAGACAUGACUUGGAAGGAAAACAAAAAGUAAAAAACUUUCAUAAGACCCGUAUCAAAUUAUUGGCUUACAACAAUUCAUUUUUUAGUAGUGUGAUAAAAGACAAUGGAACGGGAAAAUUAAGCUUAUCGUAUGGCGUUGAAUGUAUUAUAUUCAAAGAAAUCGCUACAAGAUUGAACAUUACAUGGGACACAUACACAUCUGACGAUAAAGACAAAUGGGGAACAGUGUGGUUGAACAAUACAAUUACCGGAGGUGCACUCAAAUGGUUGUAUACUAAAAGGGUUGAUGUGUCAUUUUGCUCGCUUUGGAUUGAUCAUAUAAAAUCCAAGUUCGUGGACAUGUCUAAAUUUUGGACAUUAACGUGUUUAAAGUUUUUGGUCCCUAAACCCCGGCCGUUGAGAGAAAAAUGGGACUUGCUGUUCAAACCGUUUCCGUUAAGUUUGUGGCUAUUAGUUUUAUUUUCUGCGACGUUGACGACAAUUACAGUAUGGAUAUUGGCAGGCAUUCAGAAAAAGAUUGGCUAUGAAAAUAUUAACGCAUUUACUUCGUUAUCAGCGACAAUUUUUUGGAUUAUCGGAAUGAUGUUAUUGACUAAUAAUCCACGUACUUACAGAAUGGGACCUAUUAGACAUUUGAUCAAUUGGUGGUGCAUGUUUAUAUUCAUCAUGUCUACUUCGUUUUCCAGCAUUCUCUAUUCAUUCAUUACAUCGUCCGAGUACACAGAUAUUGUUUUGGACGUUGAAGACAUGGUUAAAGCCAAUUACUAUUGGGGUCUUACUUAUCCACCCCCUUAUGAGUACAUACUGAAAAUGGAAAAUCCGGUGCACGUGAAGUUCAGCAAGCGGUUCGUACCGGAACGCGGCGUGGACGAUCGGAUCAGCCGACUGAAGCGCGGUCGGUACGCGAUUCUGACAAAGUGCCUGUACGAGAAACACUUCAUGGAGUCAGAUAAAGUGCCGGUCGCUAUGCUGAACAAUCUACGAACGGCCCGGACGUGCUUGAGCCAGUUUUACAUCGGUUUUGGGUUCGCCAAGCGGUCACCGUACGUGAAACCGGCCAACCUGGUCAUCCAGCGGAUCUUUGAGAGUGGGCUGAUCGACUAUUGGCUAAGCCGGGUGACCGAGGUCCGCAUGUCGCCUACUACGUUCAAGCAAGUGUACGAGAUAAAGCCACGUAAGGGCGGCCACCCGUCGGCGCUUAGUUACCGACAAUUCAAAGUCGUCAUGGUCGUAUGGAUGGUUGGAUGCGCACUGUCAGCGGCCGUGUUCGCCGUCGAAUGUCGGUAUGGUCGCGGCGGCACGGAAAACGCACAGUUUUCGACAAAAUCGAUUUUGGUUUUUGGUAUAACUCAAAAACAAAUGACCGUAGGUUCAUGAAAUGUUCAAUGGAUAUUUUAUAAUAGUAUUAUCUAUACCUGAUAAAAUUUUCAAAAUAUUUCAACUAGUUUUGAGCUGUUUAUAUAUAGUUUCUAAUUUUUUAGUUAUUUUUUUUUUAAAAAUAAAAAUGUUUGAAAAUUUAGUACGAGGUUUCA